GACCGUUUACUCAGCAGUCAUGUUUCACUAAAAGCGGUUCAUCUACAGUUACUUCGAUAAACAGAUUUUAAAUUCAUUUUGACACCUCACACACGUUCACAUGAACAGUCGCAAUGUUGAAGUUUAAAUAUGGAGGUCACGGCAGUGUUAAAGACCUGACCGCAGUGGACUCCAUCACAAGCCGCUGCACUCGACUCAAUCACCUGCUGCAGGGGAAGUGCAGAAGUGCAUCAGACUCUCCAGGAGUGACCGGAGUGAGCAGAGAAGGUCUGAUUGAUGCUUUGCUCUUGCUCUAUCAAGAGUGCACGUCCCCAGAGCUCAUGAAGAUCAAACAUGUGGCCAGUUUCGUGGAUAAAUAUGCUGAGGUGGUGGCGGAAGUUCAGGAACUGCUUCCUGGCAAGACGGAUUUUGAGAUGAGGGGAGUCGUGGGACGAGGACACUUCUCUGAGGUGCAGGUUGUGAAGGAGCGAGCUACUGGAGACGUGUAUGCAAUGAAGGUCAUGGACAAAACCUGCCUACGGUCUCAGGACCAGGUGGCGUUUGACGAAGAAAGAACCAUCUUGGCCCUGAACUCAAGUCCUUGGAUGCCACAGCUUCAACACGCCUUUCAGGAUCAUGACCAUGUCUAUCUGGUGAUGGAAUAUCUACCUGGUGGUGAUCUCAUGGCGUUGAUGAACCGAUAUGAAGAUCAGUUAGAUGAGUCCACGGCUCAGUUUUAUCUGGCGGAGCUCGUGAUGGCCAUCCAUGUCGUCCAUCAGAUGGGAUAUGUUCACAGAGAUAUUAAACCAGAGAAUGUUCUGAUCGACCGCACGGGUCACAUUAAACUGGCAGAUUUUGGCUCGGCAGCCAGACUGACCGCUAACAGAACGGUGAUCACGUCUUCCAGACUCCCUAUGGGGACUCGAGACUUCCUGGCCCCGGAGAUUCUGUCCGCGCUGACCGGAGUGUCGACAUGCAGCUACGGUCCAGAGAGCGACUGGUGGUCCUUAGGCGUCAUCGCCUUUGAAAUGAUUUACAUGAAAUCUCCUUUCGCUGACGGCACCUCAUCCAAAACCAUCAACAACAUCAUCAACUUUCAACGCUAUUUGAAGUUCCCAGAGGAACCGAAGGCCAGUGCUCAGUUUGUGGAUCUGCUCCAGAGUUUGUUAUGUGGAUCACGGGAACGUCUGGGAUACGAGGGGCUGCGGUCUCACCCGUUCUUCUCCUCUGUUGACUGGAGCAACCUGAGACACGCGCUCCCGCCGUUCGUUCCGUCUCUGCGCUCGGAUGAUGACACCUCCAAUUUCGAGGAGCCCGGGAGGCACCCCCGCCCCGCGGCCGCCGCCCUGCGAGAUCUCCCUCGCGACGGCUUCUACGGACGAGACCUGCCCUUUGUAGGGUGGUGCUUCAGUCGGCCCCUCAGCGUGCUGGCCAAGUCUGAGUCUGUCGGCGCAGGUCUGAACUCUCCUGCAAAGACAAACUCCAUGGAAAAAAAGCUCCACCUGAAAAACAAAGAACUACAAGAAACUCAAGACAAAUGUCACAAGAUGGAGCAGGAGAUCUCGCGGUUUCAGCGUAAAAUGACCGACCUGGAGUCGGUUCUUCAGCAGAAAGAUGUGGAACUCAAAGCCUCCGAGACUCAGAGGAGCAUUCUGGAGCAAGACCUCGCCACCUACAUCACCGAAUGCAGCAGUCUGAAGCGUAGUUUGGAGCAGGCUCGUGUCGAAGUCUCGCAGGAAGAUGACAAAGCUCUGCAGCUCCUCCAUGACAUUAGAGAACAGAGCAACAAACUGCAGGAGAUCAAGGAACAGGAAUAUCACGCUCAGCUGGAGGAGAUGCAGGUGACCAUCAGACAGCUGGAGGAAGAUUUGUCAGCUGCCCGCCGCCGCAGCGACCUGUAUGAGACUGAACUACGAGAAUCACGACAGACCAGCGAGGAUCUGAAGAGAAAAGCAGCUGAAUAUCAGCAGAGAAUCCAGAAGGCAAAGGAACAGGGUAAGGCCGAGGUGGAGGAUCUACUUUCUAAACUUGAGAAGACAAACGCUGAACAGCAGCUGAAGAUUCAAGAGCUUCAGGAUAAACUCUCAAAGGCGGUGAAAGCGAGCACAGAAGCCACAGAACUGCUGCAGAACAUCCGUCAGGCGAAAGAACGUCUGGAGAGAGAACUGGAGCGUCUGCGCAGUAAAUCUGAUCCCAGUGACACGCUGCGCAGACGCCUCAGAGAGACGGAGGAAGGCAGAAAGACUUUGGAAAACCAAGUCAAGCGUCUGGAGAUGGUGGAGCGUCGAGAGAAUAAACUGAAGGAUGACAUCCAGACCAAAUCCCAACAGAUCCAACAGAUGGCUGAGAAGAUACUGGAGCUUGAGGAAAACUUGAGGGAGACUCAGGCUACGGCUCAUAGGAUGGAAGCUCAUUUGGUCCAGAAAGAGCGACUCUACGAGGAUAAGAUCAAGGUUUUGGAGGAUCAGAUGAAAGUGGAUCUGGCCGAUAAAGAGAGUCUGGAGCAGAAACGCGCUCAGCACGAAGAAGAAGCUCGUGAGAAAUGCAAACUCAUCAGUGAGCAGAAAGCUACAAUCAACGCCAUGGACAAUAAAAUGAAGAGUCUGGAGCAGAGGAUCGGCGAGCUCUCCGAGGCCAAUAAACUGGCGGCCAACAGCAGCAUUUACACACAGAAGAACAUGAAAGCGCAGGAGGAGAUGAUCUCUGAGUUACGGCAGCAGAAGUUUUAUCUGGAGUCACAGGCAGGAAAACUGGAGUCUCAGAAUGCCAAACUGGAGGAACAUCUGGAGAAGAUGAGCCAGCAGGAACAGACCAGAAAGACACGCAUAUUAGAGCUGGAGACCAGACUCAGGGAGAUGGGUCUGGAGCACGAGGAACAGAAGCUGGAGAUCAAGAGACAGGUGAGUGAACUGACGCUGUCGCUGCAGGAGAGAGAGUCUCAGAUCAGCAAUCUGCAGGCGGCGCGUCAUGCGCUCGAGAGUCAACUACAGCAGGCCAAGACUGAGCUGGAGGAGACCACCGCAGAGGCCGAGGAGGAGAUCACCGCUCUCAGAGACCACAGAGACGAGAUUCAACGCAAGUUUGAUGCCUUGAGAGACAGCUGUUCGGUGAUCACAGACCUGGAGGAGCAGUUGACCCAGCUGACCCAAGAGAACGCCGAGCUGAACUGACAGAACUUCUACCUGUCCAAACAACUGGACGAGAUGACGGUGGAGAACGAGGAACGACUGCAGCUCAAUCAGGACGUGGACCGUCUGCGACGCGAGGUCGCCGACAGAGAGAUGCAUCUCAACAACCAGAAACAGAACAUCGAGACUCUGAAGACCACAUGCAGUAUGCUGGAGGAGCAGGUGGUGGAACUGGAGUCUUUAAACGAUGAACUCCUGGAGAAAGAGAGACAGUGGGAGAACUGGAGAUCUGCUCUGGAGGAUGAGAAGAAUCAGGCCGAGCGCAGAACUCGAGACCUGCAGAGACUGCUGGACAACGAGAAGCAGAACCGGUUACGGGCGGACCAGCGCAGCACAGAAUCUCGGCAGGCCGUCGAGCUGGCCGUGAGGGAACACAAAGCUGAAAUUGUGGCUUUACAACAGGCUCUUAAAGAGCAGAGGCUGAAAGCAGAGAGCUUGUCUGAUACUCUGAAUGAUCUGGAGAAGAAGCAUGCCAUGCUGGAGAUGAACGCACGGAGCCUUCAGCAAAAACUAGAGACUGAGAGAGAGCUGAAACAAAGACUCAUGGAGGAGCAAGGGAAACUUCAGCAGCAGAUGGAUCUACAGAAGACACACAUCUUCAGACUGACACAGGGUCUUCAGGACGCGCUGGACCAGACCGACCUGUUGAAAACUGAGAGAACCGACCUGGAGUACCAACUGGAGAACAUACAGGCCGUUUACUCUCACGAGAAAGUGAAAAUGGAAGGAACAAUCUCUCAGCAAACCAAACUCAUUGACUUUCUGCAGGCCAAGAUGGACCAGCCCGCCAAGAAAAAGAAGGGAAUAUUCGGCCGUCGGCGUGAGGAGGUGGGAGUCACGGCUAACGGAGCCACAGCCGCGGCGUGUCAGCCCGCCGUACCCUUACAGUACACUGACAUGAAAUCAGCGCUGGAGAAAGAAAGAGUUCGAUGCUCAGAGCUGGAGGAAGCCCUGCAGAAGAUGAGAAUCGAGCUGCGUUCUCUUCGAGAAGAAGCGGCUCAUUUUAAAGCUCAGGAGCAUGCGCCUACGUCCAUGCCAGCGGCCCGUCAGCAGAUCCUCAUGUCAGCCAUCGUGAAAUCUCCAGAGCGACAGCCCAAUCCCAGCAGCCUGCUGAAUCCCUCCAGCUCGGCCCGACGCAAAGAGACCUCCACACCUGAGGAGAAGAGGAGAGUCACGUUUGAAAAGUACGGGCGGCGUGUGAAGGAGCGGAUGCAUCACAAUAUUCCUCAUCGCUUCACGGUGGGAUUGAAUAUGAGAGCGGCGAAGUGUGCUGUCUGUCUGGAUACUGUUCACUUCGGCCGACAGGCUGCCACGUGCCUGGAAUGUCAUACUCUGUGUCACCCCAAGUGCUCUCCGUGUCUCCCUGCGACCUGCGGUCUUCCGGCCGAGUACGCCGCGCACUUCACUGAGGCUCUGUGUCGAGAUAAGAGCAGCUCGCCCGCUCUUCAGGUGAAAGAAGCGUCGGGUCACGUGCGUCUGGAGGGCUGGAUGAAGCAGCCCAGGAAUGGGAAACGAGGGCAGCAGGGCUGGGAGAGGAAAUAUGUGGUGCUGGACGGAACGAAAGUAUCGAUCUAUGAGUGUGAACCCACAGAAGACUCGGUGAAGCCGCAGGAGGAGUUUGAGUUGUGUUUGCCGGAUGGUGAGGUGACGGUACACGGAGCCGUUGGUGCUUCUGAGCUCAUCAACACGGCUAAAUCAGAUAUCCCGUACGUGCUGAAGCUGGAGUCUCACCCUCACACCACGUGUUGGCCCGGUCAGUGUCUGUACUUCAUGGCUCCCAGUUUUCCAGAUAAGCAGCGCUGGGUGGCUGUUCUGGAGUCAGUGGUGGCCGGCAGCAGAGGAUCCCGUGAGAAAACAGAAGCAGAUGCUGUGAGUGAAUGCUUGUUUUCUCUUGGGUUUGAUGGACAAUGGAGGUGUUCAGGUGAGGAGCGUGCUCUGUGUCUGGUGGAUAUUAAGCGGGUGAAACAGUCUCUGGCUCAGUCUCAUCUGCCUGCUCAGCUGGAUCUCAGUCCAUAUAUCUUUGAGGCAGUGAAGGGCUGCCAUUUGUUUGCUUCUGGAAAGAUUGAAAACGGGAUGUGUAUUUGUGCUGCGAUGCCCAAUAAAAUCACCAUACUGCGCUACAACGACACUCUCAACAAGUUCUGCAUCAGAAAGGAGAUCGAGACGUCUGAGCCGUGCAGCUGCAUUCACUUCACCGGAUACAGCAUCGUCAUCGGCACAAAUAAAUUCUAUGAGAUGGAGAUGAAGCAGUAUGUGCUUGAAGAGUUCCUGGACAAGAAUGACGUGACUUUGGCCUCGGCCGUGUUCGCCGCCGCCUCUCACAGUUUCCCCAUCUCCAUCAUCCAGGUGUCCAGCUCCCCGCAGAAAGUGGAGUACCUGCUCUGCUUCCACGAGUUUGGAGUGUUUGUUGACGCGUACGGCCGCAGGAGUCGCACCGAUGACAUUAAAUGGAGCCGUCUGCCUUUGUCCUUUGCGUACAGAGAGCCGUAUCUGUUUGUGACCUACUUCAACUCUCUGGAUGUGAUUGAGGUUCAGAGUCACUCGGCACUCGGUCCACAUGCGUACGCACACUUGGACAUUCCUAACCCACGUUACCUGGGUCCGGCCAUCUCCUCCGGCGCUGUGUACCUGGCCUCGUCCUACCAGAACAAACUGCGUGUCAUCUGCUGUAAAGGAAACCUGGCUCAGGACGGCUGGAGCACAGAGUCACAGAGAAGCGGCUCCACGCGCAGCCCAAACAAGCGCGGCCCCCCCUCCUACAACGAGCACAUUUCAAAGCGCCUGGCCUCCAUGCCCGCCGUACAGGAGGGGCUCCACCAGCCCGGAACCCCUCACCGUUACCGGGAGGCUCGUACAGAGUUCCGCCGUGACAAGUCUCCCGCCCGGCCCCUGGACAGAGAGAAGUCCCCGGGACGCCUGACGGAACAGAGGCCGGAGAGAUCGCCCGGGAGGAUGAUGGACCCUCGUCUGGACCGCUCGCCGGGACGGGUCAUGGAUCUGCGCAGAGAGAGGUCGCCCGGCCGGGCGUUCGAAGAGCCUCGCCAAAGACUGCACACGGGAUCGGCACGCACGCCUAUCAACACUGUCAACAAGGUGUGGGAUCAGUCAUCGGUUUAAAUGAUCAACGCUGUAUCAGAAGACCACGCACCCCCCAGACCAUCUGAUUCGUCUAAACAUGCAAUCAACGACAAGAGAAAUCAUGUGACCGCACGUCAUCCAAUCGGGUCUCAGGGGGGGAAACAUACAGCACAAUGUGACUGGCUCUUCAUGGCCUUAGAUUCAGAUUAGCACCGAUUAUUAUUAACACACAGAUCUGGCCAGCGCUCGCUAGGGCUCACAAAAGUAUUAUUUCACGUCUCUGAUCAGAGAAACACUACCCAAUGACAUGACUGUAGUUUUGCUUGUCGUUUGUCCUGAUGUUUCUGUACUUCUCUUCUGUUUCUUUCACUUCCUCCUCCUGCCCAUCACUCUUCCUGCACUUACCCACAAUCCCCGGCGUCGUAGCGCCCGUCUUGAUGGAACAGGAGCUUUGUAAACUCUCAGAAUGUCAAGUAACUCUUGUACAUAGGCUCAUGUGAUUUUUUUACGAGACGAUAUAAAAGUGAAUAUUGAGGCUUGUCGAGCCACGUCUAUUUUUGUUAAGAAAUGAAGGCGAGAAAGCCGUUUGUAACGUUUCUUCUUGGAUGUCUCGAGCUGAACCGUGUCAAAUGUCCAUGACGCUUCAAAGUGAAACAUUUCGCUUGAAUCAAGCCGGUGUGUGUCAUUGUGUCAAAGCGCCUGUAACACUUGUACUUCUAGACGAAUUCGUUCUCCAGCGCCGCUGUUCAGUGUUGUUUUUGGAGCUUCAGAAGACGUGGAAGAGCUCUGCUGUAGUACCGUCUGCUUUCUCAGAACGUUCAGGCCCUGAUGAACUCUUGAUCUCAGGAUUAGAAUGUUAGGAAUCACAGUUCUGUGGGUUUCUUUACAUGAAUGUGACGCAGCAUCCAACACCUGAAUCUCUAUUUAGCGAAUCGACAUCGAGCAGAUUCAGUCCAUUCGUGCGGUGACGUCUCGACUGUCGCAUGGAGACCACCUGAAGGGUUUAUUCUGUUUCUGCUUUUCAUUUCCGUUUCUUGUGUUUUGAUGGGUUUUUAUUCUGCGCUAAAUGAUACUGAUGUUAACAAACUGCUGACCAGAGAUGUAGCGUUUCUUGUUUUAUCUUUUUUUUAUUAUGGUCAAAUAGCAUUAGCUACAGCAACUAUUAAACAAAGUUCUAUCUUUAUCUGGGCCUUUG